UUAUGGCUGACUAUGCAGAAACGGUACGCUGGCUCAGUGGGCAGGAGUAUGCUCGGAAUCAUCAACUAAACCAAUCCACUCCAUCAGCUCGUCAGUUGCGCACUGGCCUCAACGGUAGACCUCUCUUUAGUUGGGAUCUUCCUGAUAAUCCUGAAACAACUACGGAGACAAAACUACAAUCUCAAGUAACAAACAUUGCCAUCAAAACUACACCUAGUACUCUACGCUCUGAUCAUAUUGGGAUUAAAGAUGGAAAUAAAAAACCUCAUAGAACUGUCUGGUGGCCUUGGAGAAGUUACAAGGAUUGGUCGAGAAGCAGAAAACAGAACGUGAAACAAUUUUUGAAAAAGGAUGAUUCAAAAACAAGCAACCGACACCAACCUGAUUUUAUCACAGAUUUAAGAAGGAAACACGAAAAGACAAAUAAAAACAAAAUUCAUAAAAACAAACAUAAAAGCCAUAUCCAUAAAAAUAGAGUGGAAAUUUCUAAAUAUAAAAUAAGUAAAAGGAAAAGGAAAGAAUACAAACUGGAGAUUUGUACAAAACCUAAACACAUUGGAACAGAUCCUUCCGGUCACAAAAAAUCCGUCCGGCUGAAGCAAACAAGCGCCAAAGAGUUUUUAAACGAGAAUGAUAAUGAAAUAAAGAUUAUGAAUUCGAAUAUCUCUAUAAAGGAGUGCAAGGAGGGACAAGAAAGAAAAAUAAAACCCGCCAAUGAUUCUUAUUCACUGAACAUUGGUCAGUUUAGGCAAUCUUUUGCCUUUAUGAAGAAAAAACUACUAUCUCAAGAUUACCUGAGUCAGUUUGUGAAUACAACAUGUGACGCACUUUGUAUCAACUUCCUUGGAUCGAUGAUAUGCAAAUGCCCUCGAGGAUUCCAACUUGACUCUACAAAGAGGACGUGCCUAGAUAUCAACGAAUGCAGUUCCCGCAACGGCCAUGGUCCUUGCCAGAGCGAGUGUACCAACACAAGAGGUAGUUAUCACUGCAGUUGCACCAACUUGACAGGCACAAGACUAGCAGACGACAGACACUCAUGUGAGGACAUUGAUGAGUGCAGUGCUACCAACAUACACUGCUCUCAUGGCUGCAUUAACACGGUUGGUACGGCGUUUUGCUUCUGUCCCGACGGAUACAAUUUAGGAGCAGAUUGGCAAACCUGUCAGGACGUUGACGAAUGUGUUGAUUUAGAAAUCAAGAAAUGUCCCGGAGUUUGUAUCAACACUGUAGGAUCGUAUAUGUGUGUGUAACU